AUGCUAAACGAGCGGGUGAUACCAUAUAGUCGUAUUCUGCAACAUGAGCGGAUAUUCAGACCACAGCCCGAGUGCGCCCAUGAUGACCCCAGGUCAUCUACUGGAUUGACCCAGCCGUCCGACGUUGGUGCAUAUCACACAUCGGUAUUUUCUAUCAACCAAGCGGCGGAAAGUUUAGAGCUUCCUGUGGGCGAUAACCACCUUCCGUAUGAAAACUUUCCUGAAAUAUGCGAUGAGGAUUCGAAGUUGAAUAUAAUCCGAGAAUUCCAGGAGAAUAUGGAUCACCGAAAUUACGUUUAUGACGCGUGCGCUGUAUGCGAACAGAAAAAGUUUCCGUUUGAGUUAUCGGUUAUCCAUGCUGGCGAGCUCGAUUUGCAGUUGUUGAGGAACGACAACAUCCCAUGUCAUAUAUGGCCUCAAGACUAUGACUUCGAAGCAUAUGAUCGUGCUUUUUUGUCUCCACAUGGAAUGCAUGAUACGACGGCAGUUUCGGAGCUCUCGGUAUGUUCACAAUGUUUGAGCAGCAUGGAGAAAGGCAAACAGCCACCCGAUGCUAUCUCAAACUACCAGUACUAUGGUUAUGGGCGGCUUCCAUCUGCUGUUCAUGAUGCUUUUCGGCAUUCUACCAUGCAUGAAAAGUUACUAGUUGCUGCUUGUUCAGCAACCAAUAUUUCUCAUGUAAUAUCUGAGGCUAAGGGUGGAUUUCCGGGUGCUCCACAAAGGUUUUGUCAAAACAACGUCGCCAUUAUACCGCAGGACGUAGGCACUCUUCAUCGUCUUCUGCCCCCGUCGAAAGAAGACGUGGGAUUCUCGAUGUGCGUGCUAUUCAUAGGGAAAGGUGGCAGGCCUAAUAUGGAUACGAUCAGGUCCAUGGAGCCGCUUUUGGUCUCCAAGAAUCGAGUGGAGACUAUGCUACGCUUCCUGAUCGAGAAUAAUCCUCAUUAUCGAGAGGCGAGUGUGGCCUUCAGUCACCAAAACCUAGAUGCCAUAUGCUCUGGACCUGGGUUUCCAGCCGGAGCGGAUGUCGGGAUUCCGACCACGCUCGAAAUACAGUAUUUUGCCAAUCUUGAAUCUGCAGGAGAGGCCGUCAAUGCUGGAUACGAUGCCGACGAGAGACGUACUUUCCUCAUUCCCGAUGAUGAGGUGUAUACGGAGAUUACAGGGUAUUCGAAUACGGCCACAAAAGGCGACGGGCAUCAGUCCGCAAAGAUUCGUGCACUGCAAUGGAUCCUAGAUCACAAACCAUUUGUAACUGUGCGUCCGGGAACGAAACUAUUUCCCGAUAGGGAUCCUCGUAUGUUGACGUUUGUUUUUCCUCACCUUGAUCCUUGGGGAAUCGGGGGUUUUAAUCAUCCAAUGCGUCAAGGAGAGUCAAUCCUGCCUAUGAAGAACCAAAUUCGAAACUUGUUAAUGCGUUACGACAGUCCUUUUGAACGGGAUCCCAAUUUUGCGUAUGUUUGUUGGAAUGCCGUUCAAAAGUUGGAGGCUGCGCGCAGCUUGCAGUUUCGUACGCAGGCUUCCAAUCUUGCAUAUUUGGCGGAUGAGAUCAAUGAAUAUAAAGAUGUAAUUGAAGAUAUGAAUGAACGGUGGAUGCGAGAUGAGACACUUGCGCCUACGUCUAGAGGAGAACGUCGUGUUGCAGCGAUCCUUGCGAAGCUUCGGCUGGUUGCGAAGGAUCUUAGAGGGUCUAAUGGACGUCGUAUUGCGUUGCGUAACCAAAUCAGAGGCUUGUUGAAGACUAAUGGAUGUCCUGCUUUGUUCAUUACGCUGAAUCCGGCAGACAUCCACCAUAAACUUAUGCAUAUCCUUUCCGGACACAGUGAAGCUUCAUUCGUUGAGACGGAUAAGUUUCAUCGUGCCAAGAACGUUGCUGCACAUCCAGCGGCGGCCGCGAUAUUUUUUGAUAUCAUGAUCCGAGCAUUCAAUGAUUACAUUCUGCGCUAUGGAAGAGAUACUCCAGGUAUCUUCGGCACUUGCGAUGCCUAUUUUGGCACUGUCGAAGCACAAGGCCGUGGAACGCUUCAUUGUCAUAUGCUUAUUUGGCUGAAAGGAAAUCCUAAUCCGCAAGCUCUUCGGGAUCGUAUGGCUGAAGAUGAUACAUUCAAAACUGCUAUGUUCGGCUGGCUGGAGUCUAUCAUUAAAUGUGAGCUUCCAGAUAUGGAGCCGAUAGUUGGUGGAGAUGCUAAUAGAGUGUGGCAGAAGCCGGUUUUGGAGUACGACACUCGUACCGCAGAUGCUCCUUUCCUGGAAGAUACUCUGACCGACGACGAUCGUGAACGUUUCAAAGAAAGUUUUAAACAUUUUGUAAGUGAUCUUGCGGUUGCGUGCAACUGGCACGACCAUACAGCUACCUGUUGGAAGUAUCUUAGUGAUGGGGAACCACACGAUGAUGCACAUUGCCGUAUGAGAGUCGACGGUAGUACAAGAUCGUUCACUGAACUAGAUCCUGAGACGGCGUCGAUAUUGUUGCGAAGGUUACAUCCUUGGAUCAACAACUACAAUGACGUUGUUCUUUUCUUGAUGAAAUGCAAUAUGGACAUUAAAUAUAUAGGGUCUGGGCAGGCUGCAAAGGCAUUAGUGUAUUAUGUGACUGACUAUGUGACCAAAGGUUCCUUACCGUUACAUCUCGGACUGCAAUCGCUCUGCUGGGCACUGCGCCAGAAUGAAGCGAAGUAUGACGGGAUGGACGAUCUUGAUGUGCAGUCAAUGAAACGCAGUUUGAUGGUGAAAGUCGUCAAUGCGAUGAUGGGAAGGCAAGAGAUAUCCCAUCAACAAGUUAUGAGCUAUCUAGUUGGGGGCGGCGACAGUUACACCAGUCAUAAAUUCCGCACGUUAUAUUGGGGUGAAUUUGACCGGUAUUUUAAAAGCCAGGGACAGCCAGAUGCGGAGGGUGUGGUUCCUCUCGAUGGAGGUGCUUUACCAGUAUCAGAGGGAGAAGACAAUGAACCUGAAAUGCAGGAAGUUUCUGCUGCAUAUGUCUCCGGAAGUAUAGUUCGUCAAAGCCUAGUCGAAGACUAUAGACUGCGAAGUGCAAAGCCCGUUUUUGACUCCAUGGCUCUAUGGGAUUUCGUAGCGACAACGUUUAUGGAGGCCCGUACUCAAACAGACAAAGUUUUCAAUCCACGAGCAGCCAGGGGACGUCUUUUGAAUGACUCCCAUCGGCUGUAUAAGACACAUGUAAAUCGACUGAGAUUGGACUCACGGAUAGUUCCUGUUCUUGUGGGGCCUCAGUUACCUCGAAGAGACUCUAGUGAGACUCAAAGAGAGAACUGGCAUCGUCUGAUGUUGAUACUCUUCAAACCGUGGCGAUGUCCAUCUGAUAUCCGGUCUGCGGGUCAGAGUUGG